CGGUGAACGAUUUAACUACAGAGAUAGCUUCUAUUCAAUCCCUUGCUCCGUUGAAUAACCUAAUUCCCAAUUUUUUCAAGACAAUUUUUUUUUCGUGAUUCAUUGUGAAAUUGCAGAAGCAAAGGAAACAGUCGUUCAAUAUGCCGAAAAAAAUGGGAACGAACAGCAAAGCCGAAGCAGCUAGGGUUAGGAAAAACGUCUCCGAAGCCGAUCGCAAAGAGCGCGAAACCAGGGAGAAAGAAGACAAGUACUGGCGCGAGGCCGAGGGAGACAAACCGAAAGCUGCCAAGAAACGAGAAGAGGACGCCGAGAAACGGGCUGAGGCGGCGGCCAAAAAGGCGGAGGCGCGCCGAUUAGCCGAGCUAGAAGAACAGGAACUGGAGAAGAGUUUGAAGAAGACGGAUAAGAAGGCAAUUAGGGUGGCGGCUCCCGUGCCGAAGGUGACUGAGGUGGAGCUGCGGCGUCGGAAGGAGGAGGAGCAGGCGGCGUUGCAGCGGCGGGUGGAGGAGGAUAAGAAGAAGAAGAAUCGAACGGCGGAUGAGGAGGAGUACGAAAGGAUGGUGAAUGUGGUGAAUACUAACCGUGAUGAUUCUAUCAUUGAGGCCAGGUCGGUGGAGGAAGCUCUUGCCAAGAUGACGGUGGAGGAUAGUUUACCGGUGGAUAAGCACCCGGAGAAGAGGCUCAAGGCUUCGUUCAAGGCUUUUGAAGAAGCUGAGCUUCCAAAGUUGAAGGAAGAGAAACCAGGAUUGACGCACACUCAAUACAAGGACAUGAUUUGGAAACUCUGGAAGAAAUCUCCAGACAACCCCCUUAACCAGAUUGCAGAUAAGUGAGUGCAUCUUUUCGUGAGAAGCAGAAUUGUGGAUAGUGAGCUCUGCAGUUUCAUGUCUAUCUGAGUAUAUAAAUUGACGAUUGUGCAAGACAGCCUGGACCCAUGCUUCUCUCAUCUCGGGGCUGAGAUGAUACACCCUACAAUCUAAAUAAGACCCGUGUACGAUUAUAUCAAUGCAUCGAAAGACACAUUUCGUUUUGGCAGUAAAUCUGCCUGCAAUCACAUUUAUUCAGCUUGUAAAAUAAAUAUGCGAUUUCAGUGUGGAAUUUUUUUUAUUCAUUUUUAUGUUUAGGACAUGAACAAUUUUUACUUGAUGGUAUUGACUGAAAAGGAUUGGUGUUG